GCUAUGUAUGCAUUUGAGUUACAAAUUUUAUUUCUUCCUUUUACUUCUAUGAUUUAUCUGUAAUUCUCUUUGUUUAUGUACUCCCCUCAUUAUUCCCCAACAACAUCAUUCACAAGUGAAUGACUUCGGGGGGAAUAGUAUAAGGACAGGUCCGAGGUGCCAAGUCUCGGACUGCUACAGUAAUUCCUUUAUGACCGAAGUGAAGGAUAGACCCAAAGCUUCCCGCUCAAAUAGCUACAUGACAGUAACAAUGAGCAUGCCUGCACCCGAUUCCUUAUAAUGAGUGGCACAGCAAGUAUGGUGGACACCUGUGCAUCUGAAUACCUCUCAAAUUCUCGGUCCCGAAAUAAUCGUCUGGAUGGACACGUCAGGCUUCGAUUAUCUUGCUUGGCAUGCCAUGUGGAGUGUCUUCGACCUAAAGGUCAUCCCGGAGUACAGGCACGGGCUGAAGGACUCCUGGUUUGGUGCAAUUACAGAUAGCACGGAUCCCACCGACGAGAUUAGGCUCCGAUCAUCUCCCUCACUGCCUCUCCAAAACCCCUGUCCUAGAAGUUACCUAAAGCAAGAAGAAGCACGAUCUGCAGUUUUUGAGUUUCCGUUCUUCUCUGCUUUUCCACUUCCAGCAAGCUCCACAGAUACGCAGCCAACCUUGUUCUCUCUAGCUGGAGCCGGCCAAAGGGGUAGUGCAGCUGUUCUGAUCCCCUCCCUUUGGCGUUUGCAGCGGCGAGGUAUGCUCGGAGGUGGAAUCGGGGUUCCCUGAAGAUCUCAAAAAAAGAGUGAAAGAAAAUCGGAAACCAAGGAAGCCGCGGAGAAACCCCCAGAUCUGUUUCCCUCGAUUUUUUGGUUCCUCUUCUCUCUCCCAAACCCAGAUCUCCAGUUUUUUAUCUCUCUGAUCUCGUCCCUUUUUCAAAACCCAGAUCUGCCCAAAAUCCCCCUCCUCUCGCUAGCCUUUGGCGAGUAUGCCCUUGAGCCACCUUCCGCGAAGCUUCUCCUUGGA